AUGGCCAACAACGAAGAGAAAGACGAGGUCCGCGAUGAAAUUGCCCAAGAGCUGUCGCAAACUUCCUUUGCAUGCUCCUCGCUGACUCGGCUGUCUGGCGGCACCGCCAAUUUUGUCUACCGCGGCACAACCGCCUCAUUCCCGGAUUCCAUCAUAAUCAAGCAUACAAAAAGUUAUGUUGCCUCUAAUCUGAGCUUUAAACUUGAUCCAAAGCGAUGCCACUAUGAAGAAGCCAUCCUACAAGCACUGGAUGGCCUACCAUCACACUCCCAGGAGAAUAUCACCGUGAAAACGCCCCGCAUUUUCCACUUUAACAAGGAAACGAAUACACAAAUAAUGGAAGACCUUCCCAACUCCCUCGAUUUGAAGAGUUUUCUUCUUUCGGAUUUAGCCAAAGCCGUGCCAGAAACUGCGGGCCAUGCGCUCGGUCGCUCGGUCGGAACUUGGCUACGGGCAUUUCACGUUUGGGCAGGUCAACCCGAGCAAGCGGGAUGUAGAUCGUUGCUUGCCCAGAAUGACUCGAUGAAAGAGUUGAAGUUCUAUAUCAACUACCCUAUGCUGAUGGACACUAUUGCGAGUUUCCCUGAUGUGUUGGAGGAGAGUAGAGGUGUUUUUGAAGAAUUGAAGCUUUCAGCAGCGGAGGAGAUGAAGAAGACCGACCAGCAGAAUGGGAUUGGAAUUAUUCAUGGUGAUUUCUGGACUGGAAAUGUACUUAUCCCAAACGCCCCACUAGAUGAGAAAUCCGAGACUACACUGUUCGUUAUUGACUGGGAACUGUGUCAAGUCGGACCCCGGGCUCUAGACCUCGGCCAGAUGAUCGCCGAGUUGUACGAAACAAAGCUUUUCAAGGGCGUGGAUUGCGGAGUGUGGGUCAUCAAGGGGCUGGUGAAAGGCUAUGGGCCUCUUGACGAUGACAUGGCAUUCAGGACUGCGAUCCACGUUGGUGUUCACCUCAUUGUUUGGGGAAGCCGGGUUCAAGGAUGGGGCCCACAGGACCAGAUUGAAAAAGUUGUUAAAGUGGGGAGGGACCUUAUUUUGCAUGGAUGGAAUAAGAACAAAGCGUGGUUUGACGGAAAGGAUUUGGGAUGUCUAUUUGAAACCCCAGCCUAA